UCUCCGCUCGUCCCUCCCCUCACCCAAGGCCCCGCGGGCUGCGGCGCUCCCGGGGGCAAGGCCGAGCAGGGGAGGCACCGGCCUGCACCGGCGGCCCCGGAUGGGCAAGGGGUCGGGGCGCCUCGGGCACCUCCCAGCGGGGAGCCCUCGGGCCUGGCGGGGGUUUGCGGCGAGGCCCGGCGGCUGCCCGAUAGGAGCCGCGCCCUGUCAGGAUGAGUUUUCUGCUGCCUCAGCUGACCUGUAAGAAGGAGGUGGAUCAGGCAAUAAAGAGCGUCGCAGAGAAGGUUUUGGUUCUUCGGUUUGGAAGAGACAGCGAUCCCGUUUGUCUGCAGCUGGAUGAUAUUCUUGCAAAGACAUCUCAUGACCUAAGUAAAAUGGCAGUCAUUUACCUGGUGGAUGUGAACAAGGUGCCAGUGUACACCCAGUAUUUUGACAUCAGUUAUAUUCCAUCUACUGUCUUUUUCUUCAAUGGACAACACAUGAAGGUUGAUUAUGGGUCUCCAGAUCAUACUAAAUUUGUAGGAAGCUUCAAAACAAAGCAAGACUUUAUAGAUCUGAUUGAAGUGAUUUACCGUGGUGCAAUGCGUGGAAAGCUCAUUGUGAGAAGUCCUAUCGAUCCCAAUAAUAUUCCUAAAUAUGACCUUCUCUACCAAGGAAUUUAAUGGAUUGGUCUGAGGUAAAGGAUUGCUGAAAUGGUGGAUGUUCUAGAUCCUAUUUUUCUUCAAGUAUUUUAGCCACCUUUGACACCGUGGGACAGUUCGAGCAUUUAUCUUGAAGGAUCAUAUUGGUCUCCUUCUGAAGACAGACAUUCUGUCACUUUAAUACUUCUCUAAUAAAUAAAGCAACAUGUUCACUUGUA